GAAAGUGCCUGACUGUCGUAAUACUCAGCUGUGGGGACAACUCAAGCGUUUUUGGGUCUUCGUUAAGAUGCAGGUGCUGCUCCUGAAGGAGCCAAGAGAUGAAGAGUCUGGACCUGAUCCUUACAUUCAGGAGCUGGCGUCACAUGGACAUAAAGCAACCCUAAUUCCUGUGCUGUCUUUUAAGUUUGUCUCAUUAAACACCUUGUCGGAUAAGCUUUUCCAACCAGAAAAACAUGGAGGUCUUAUAUUUACCAGUCCAAGAGCAGUGGAGGCAGUGAAGAUGUGCUUGGAAGCAGAAGAAAGAAGGGAAGAAUGGAACAGCUCUGUGAAAGAGAAAUGGAACAGCAAGUCCAUAUAUGUCGUCGGAAGGGCAACUGCUGCAUUAGUACGGAAUCUGGGUCUGAACCCUUUGGGCGAGGACACAGGGACAGCAGAUGUCCUAUCACGUCUUAUCAUUGAACGAGAGGACAGAAAUAUUCCACCACUUUUCUUCCCCUGUGGCUCGAUUAAAAGAGAAGUGUUGCCCACGGCUUUGAGGGAAAAUGGCGUGUCCCUAGAGACGCUGACUGUCUAUCAAACAGCUGAACAUCCAGAUCUGGAGAAAAAUCUAAAGAACUAUUUCACGGAGCAGGGCGCUCCAGCAAGCAUCGCUUUCUUCAGUCCAUCGGGAGUGAAGUUUUCCCUGGAAGUUGUACGGCGGCUGUCAGGUGAACAGCUGCCUCAAAUAAAGUUUGCAGCCAUUGGACCUACUACCCAAGAUGCCAUGAUAGCAGAAGGCCUGUGUGUCAGCUGUACUGCAGAACAGCCAACAGCUGAACACCUGGCAGCAGCAAUAGCCACAUCGCUACAUUGACCAACCACAGGCCAGCAGCAGCACUUAAAUCCAUCCUCUUUAUCUUCUCUCUGUAUACUGCAUUAUUUAUAUUUAUUGUUAUUUGUCUGUUUUACUUUUACCAGGAUUGAAUGUAUAUGAGGUCAAUUGCACUAGGGAGAAAUAAGCUUUGUGUGCCAUAUAAAAUGUAAGAUAAUGUAAUUAUAAUAUGUAUGUGUUUAUCUUAAGCUAAAGCAAGGCAAUCUAGUGUUUGUUCUUGGGAAUAAACUUUGAUCAGUGUGAUGCCAUGGAA